AUGAGGAGCAAAAACAAACUGACCAGAAUACAUCAGCAGACUCUACUGAACCAGCUGAGGGAGGUCACAGGCACCACAGACGUACAGCUACUUCAGCAGGCCCUGCAGGUCAGUCAUGGAGACCUGGCGGAGGCGGUGGCCUUUCUGACUGAGAAGAAUGCCAAGGUGCCCCAGCAGGAUGAGGCCACCUACUACCAGACCACCCAGGUGGGCAACGACAGAUACAUCAGCGUUGGCAGCCAGGCAGAUACCAGUGAGUACCUACCUCACCCAGCGCUGCCCGGGGCAGGCCCUAGCCAGGGAGAUACUAACGUGAUUGACCUGACAGGCGAUGACAAGGAUGACCUCCAGAGGGCCAUCGCUCUCAGCUUGGAGGAGUCCAGCCGGGCCUUCAGGGAGACGGGCAUCACUGAUGAGGAGCAGGCCAUCAGCAGAGUUCUUGAGGCCAGCAUAGCAGAGAACAAGGCAAGCCUAAAGCGGACACACACGGAAGUGUGGAGUGACUCGCCCAAUCCCCACGACAGGAAGAGAAUGGAGAACUGCCCUGUGGGUCUAAAGAACGUGGGCAACACCUGCUGGUUCAGCGCCGUCAUCCAGUCUCUGUUCAACCUGCUGGAGUUCCAGAGGCUGGUGCUACACUACUCCCCUCCUGCCAGAGUCCAGGACCUGCCUCGCAACCAGAAGGAGCACAGAAACCUACCCUUCAUGCAGGAGCUGAGGAACUUGUUCUCCCUCAUGGUGGGUUCUAAGAGGAAGUACGUGGACCCGUCAUGUGCCGUGGAGAUCCUCAAGGACGCCUUCAAGUCCAGCGAGUCUCAGCAGCAGGAUGUGAGUGAGUUCACACACAAGCUGCUGGACUGGCUGGAGGAUGCCUUCCAGAUGAAGGCAGAGGAGGACCGAGAGGGUGAGAAGCCAAAGAACCCGAUGGUGGAACUGUUCUAUGGCCGGUUCCUGGCUGUUGGUGUUCUCGAAGGAAAGAAGUUUGAGAACACUGAGAUGUUUGGGCAGUACCCUCUGCAGGUGAACGGCUUUAAGGACCUGCAUGAGUGUCUGGAGGCGGCCAUGAUUGAGGGGGAGAUCGAGUCCCUGCACUCAUCAGCAGAGAACUCUGCCAAGUCUGGACAGGAGCACUGGUUUACCAAACUCCCUCCUGUCUUGACCUUUGAACUGUCAAGAUUUGAGUUCAACCAAGCUUUGGGUCGACCUGAGAAGAUCCACAGCAAGCUGGAGUUCCCCUCCAUGCUGUACAUGGACAGGUAUAUGGACAGGAACCGAGAGAUCACCAGGAUUAAACGAGAGGAGAUCAGGAGACUGAAAGAGCACCUGACUCUACUCCAACAGCGUCUGGAGAGGUAUCUGAGCUAUGGCUCCGGCCCCAAGAGGUUUCCUCUGGCAGAUGUCCUGCAGUACGCCAUGGAGUUUACUUCCAGUAAGCCAGUCUGCUCCUCUCCUGUGGAGGACUUUGAUACAUCAGCACCCCCUGGUGGCACAACAGGGCAACUGCUGCCCGCUUCAAGCACAGCCGAACAGGGUCCCUCCUCUACCCCUCCAGAGGGUUUGGCCCUCGCCCUGGCUCUCACCCCAGCCCCCUCCACCCAGCAGAGAGUGCCUAUCCACAAGCCCUUCACCCAGUCCCGACUGCCCCCUGACCUGCCCAUGCACCCGGCCCCACGACACAUCACUGAGGAGGAGCUCCGGGUGCUGGAGGGCUGCCUGCACCGCUGGAGGAGUGAGGUGGAGAAUGAUACCUGCGAUCUUCAGGGCAGUAUAUCCAGAAUCCACAGGACCAUUGAGCUUAUGUACUCUGACAAGUCCAUGAUGCAGGUUCCGUACCGGCUGCAUGCGGUGUUGGUGCAUGAGGGCCAGGCCAAUGCUGGACACUACUGGGCCUACAUCUAUGACCCCCACCAGCGGUGCUGGAUGAAGUACAACGACAUCUCAGUCACCAAGUCUUCCUGGGAGGAGCUGGUCAGGGACUCGUUCGGAGGCUAUCGCAAUGCCAGCGCCUACUGCCUCAUGUACAUCAAUGACAAGAAGCCCUUCCUCAUAGAAGAGGAGUUUAAUAAGGAGACGGGCCAGAUGCUGAGUGGUCUGGAUAAGCUCCCCCCAGACCUGAAGGCCUACGUGAAGGAGGACAACGGCCUGUUUGACAAGGAGAUGGAGGAGUGGAACACACAGCAGGCACGCAAGGCCCAGCAAGAGAAGCUGGCCCUGGCUGUGGCCGCAACCGCUGUAGUAGCAGAAACAACAGCAACAACAACGUGCUCUCAGCCUAUGAGUACAGAGCCCAGUACACCAGACAACUCCG